AGUUAUUAUUCGAUGGCAUCUUCAACAUGGUCUUACUGUUAUUCCAAAAACAGUUACACCACAACGUCUUUAUGAAAAUAGUCAAGUAUUUGAUUUUAAUUUAUCAGAUGAUCAGAUGCAUCUUAUUGAUCAAUUAGAAAAAACACAUCAUAGACGUUUUGUUAAUCCAUCCAUUUUACCACCUGGUGAUAAACAUGUUUUUGAUGAUUAA